AUGAACUGCUGCCUUCAAGACCUGAGGAAUUGUAUAGGACUGCUGCCUUCAGACCUGAGACUGUAUAGACACGGCCCUUCAGACCUGAAGACUGUAUAGACUGCUGCCUUCAGACCUGAGACUGUAUAGACUUUUGCAUUCAGAUCUGAGACUGCUGCCUUCAAACCUGAGACUGUAUAGACUGCUGCCUUCAGACCUAGGACUGUAUAGACUGCUGCCUUCAGACCUAGGACUGUAUAGACUGCUGCCUAGCAUAUAAUUGUAAUGUGAACACUGAGACUGUAUAGACUGCUGCCUUCAGACCUUAGACUGUAUAGACUGCUGCCUUCAGACCUUAGACUGUAUAGACUGCUGCCUUCAGACCUGAGACUGUAUAGACUGCUGCCUUCAGACCUGAGACUGUAUAGACUGCUGCCUUCAGACCUGAGACUGUAUAGACUGCUGCCUUCAGACCUGAGACUGUAUAGACUGCUGCCUAGCAUAUAA